ACUCAGAAGUUGAUGCAAGUGCUAGAGUUGUCCGGUAAACGAGCGUAGAAUUUAAAAUUUCAAACAAGAUAAUUGUGGAUUCAUUAAUUAGGUUUAUUUUUAUACUAGAUUGUCUUAACUUUUACUAUUAGCUAUGGAACCUAUGGCUUUGGGUAGCCCCACACAUUCUCCUUCGGGAAGUCCAAACGUGGGCUACCUGCCUCCUUUUUUGUUAGGUGAAAUAAAUCCCCCAACUACACCUAGAACAAACAGCUUAUCCCCAACUAAGGGAAGAAGUCUUGCUUUUGGUUCGCCAACAAGUCCAUCUCAGACUUCCACACCUGAUCAAAAAGUUUAUCGUCAGAGUAUGUUAAUGCACCAACAAGCAAUAUAUAAUCAGCAACAUGUCUUUUCAAACAUUCCAUCCUCACCAAAUGUUUCAUUCUCUACGAAACCAAGUGGACCUCCUAUUGAAGACCUAUUUGAUACCAUAAAGUCAGAACCGUCAAUCAAUAAGUCACUUUUUCAAGAUCACAGCUUUGUUGGUUAUGGUAACAACAAUUCAUUUCUACAGAACUCAAAUAUGAAUAAUGCUUCAGUGAAUAACCAUUCUUUGACAUCACAAUGGCAAGAUGGAUGUCAAGAAAUAGAUGAAUAUUGGAUCACAGUGUUUGGUUUUCCUCCAAAUGCUGCAAAUACUGUACUAGCCAGAUUUAGCAAUUGUGGAGCUAUUUUAGAUAAGCAAUACCCAACUCAGGGUAACUGGGCACACAUCAGGUAUGCUACUAGAGCGGAGAAAGAGAGAUCACAAGCUUUAAAUGGGAGACAAAUAUUACCUGGUAUCAUGGUGGGAGUUGUUGAAUGUAAAGAUCCACCUAGGAUAAGUGCUCCAAGCCCUGGUGCAUUCCCAGAAAGACAAUCAACCCAAGCAAGAUCUUUGUGUCCUACUCCAAUGUCACAAGCCCCUGUGCCACAAAGGUCAAGCGGCCUGAUAUCCAAAGCAUUGGACUAUGUUCUCAGUUGGUGACAUAUAAAUAAAUGGAGGUCUUUAUUAUAGAUUUACCUAUUCUGUUAAAAAAACAAUUCUACACAAAAAAGCAGUGUUGUAAGUAGCUUUUUAGGUUUAUUCUAGAAUAUGGGCAUUUCAAAUAAAUUUAAAUAUUUUUCAUUUCAAUUAAAAAGUGUUUAUCAUUGACAAUAUGAAUUUGUUGCUAAUAAUUUAAUUUUGUGACAUCUUUCAUUUUUAGUUUUCAUAUUUUGUAUUUUUACUGGAUUUUAUCAGAUAAGUCUGUAUAGUUAGGGACAGGAACCCUACUGAGAAACAACUAAGAAAACAAAUUGUUAAUUAUAAUUUAAUAUGGAAUAACUGAAGUCUUUAUUAAAAUCAGACAAUUUAAAAUAUGUCAAUCUAGAAAAUUUAUUUAAAAAUAAAUUAAAAUUCUAAUAUUUGUGAAAAAACUUUUACCUGAAUUAUUUAUUUUAUUGUUUAAGAACACAAUGUUUCAUUCUAUUAUCACAAACUC